CUGCCAAGUCAUGCACAGUUCUCAGGAGAGAUCCUAGAUUCAGCAUACAAUGAUGUUCAGAGGGGAAACAUGCAGAAACAAAGGGGGAAAAUGGGGACUGGACAAUGUGAUGGGUGGAAGGAUAUCACUAAGAACCACCUACAGGGAUUCAUGGUCUGUGUGGAUGGGGUAUCUUGGCUCACUAACAUCCACAACAUGUCUGCAGAGCAGAGAACCGGUGCCAAACUCCUAGGACUGAUGGAGAGAGAGGAGUUUAUCGAGAAGGAGCUAGAAAUAGACCUAAUUGGCUGGACCUCAGAUGCGGGGCCUGACUCCAAAAAGGCCUGCAAGGACUUGGUUAAGAAAUUCCCUCACCUUUUGGAAACUGACUGUAUUGCA